AACCCGGGAGGCGGAGCUUGCAGUGAGCCGAGAUUGCGCCACUGAACUCCAGCCUGGGCGACAGAGCGAGAGUCCGUCUCAAAAAAAAAAUAAUAAUAAUAAUAUCUGGUCUUUCUUUGAGCCCUGAAAUUCUCUAACACUAUGUCUUGGAACAUAAUUUUACUGUUUUCAGUGGUUAUAGAGAUUUGCUUUACAAUUUAGCAUUGGUCUUUACCCAUGAUUUUGUUUGAUGCCAACUUGUUGGGCAGGAAUGCACCCCCGACCCCAGUUUGUUAUGGUCUUGCUCCUAGAGGGCAAGAAUAUCUGCUUUAAGGCCGGGCAUGGUGGCUCACGCCUGUAAUCUCAGCACUUUGAGGGGCCAAGGCAGGCAGAUCACCUGAGGUCAAGAGUUUGAGACCAGCCUGGCCAGCAUGGUGACAUCCUGUCUCUACUAAAAAUACAAAAAUUAGCUGGGUGUGGUGGCACACACCUGUAAUCCCAGCUAUUUGGGAGGCCGAAACAGGAGAACUGCUUGAACCCGGAAGGUGGAGGUUGCAGUGGGCUGAGAUUGCGCCACUGCACUCCAGCCUGGGAAACAGAGCAAGAUUCCGUCUCACACACACAAAAUAUAUAUAUGUCUGCUUUAAAGUAUGCAGGCGUGUGUUUGUGCUGAAAGGCAGGAAUGCCAAACUUGGCUGCAUGGUAUCAACUAGGGCCCGCAGAGUUCCAAGGAGAACAAACAGUUGGUUCCUGGAGGUUGGGGGCUCGUAUCAGACCCUGAAGACUAAGCACGUGCUGGGUCCAUUGUGGUCCUGCACCCAUGGUGGUGCACUAAACACCUAACCUAUAUUUAAGUGUUUUUGUUUGUCCAAAAAAUGUCUUUUUUUUUUGGAGUCAGAGUCUUGCUCCGUCGCCCAGGCUGGAGUGCAGUGACACGAUCUCAGCUCACUGCAGCCUCCGCCUCCCAGGUUCAAGCGAUUCUCCUGUCUCGGCCUCCCAAAUAGCUGAGAUUAUAGGCACGCACCACCACACCCAGCUAAUUCUUGUAUUUUUUGUAGAGAAGAGGUGUCUCCAUGGUGGCCAGGUUGGUCUUGAACUCCUGUCAUCAAGUGAUCCACCUGCCUCGGCCUCCCAAAGUGGUGGAAUUGCAGGCAUGAGCCACAGCACCCGGCCUGCCUUGUCCCUUCUUAAAAUGAGUUGUCCAUUUGUAAGCUGCUGAUUUCUUUAGGACAUUGUCUCCAUAAACUUUUCAUAAAGCAUCAGUGAUUUCAUCAUUCCUCCACCCAAGCUUCACUGUAAAUUUGCUGUUUGUUCUUGCAGAAUUCAUUUAGCUCUGAUAAGGGCUCGCUUCAAACUGAUGUCUUAUCCUUCUUAGUGCCUCAAACUACAUCCUGUUCACUCAUGUUAUAGCAAGUUAGUAUGAGUUUAUUUUGGUGCACAAAAAUUUUUUUAAAUCCAUGCAGUUUUUUUCAUAAUACACAUUUUCCAUGAACUUUUUGAAGACCCCUUGUAGAUGUCUGUUGUUUAAACCACCCAGUUGACAGUAAUUUUUUUUUUUUGAGAUGAAGUCUUGCUCUAUCACCCAGGCUGGAGUGCAUUGGCGCAACCUCUGCCUCCUGGGUUCAAGCAAUUUUUCUGUCUCAGUCUCCCGAGUAGCUGGGAUUACAGGCGCGUGCCACCAUGCCUAGCUAAUUUAUGUGUUUUUAGUUGAGACGGGGGUUUCACUAUGUUGGCCAGGCUGGUCUUGAACUCCUGACCUUGUGAUCGGCCCGCCUUGGCCUCCCAAAGUAUUGGGAUUACAGGCGUGAGCCACUGUACCCUGCCUAUAGUAAUUUUAUAGCAGCCCAGGCUAAGAUGGCCAUUUCUGGGUAUAAAAAUGUCAUAUACUGAGCAGGCCUGCAACUGUGAGUAAAAGUCUGCAAAGAGGCCAGGCAGUGGCUCAUACCUGUAAUCCCAGCACUUUGGGGGGCCGAGGCAGGUGGAUCACCUGAGGUCAGCAGUUUGAGAACAGCCUGACCAACAAACAUGGUGAAACCCCAUCUCUACUAAAAAUACAAAAUUAGCUGGGCGUGGUGGUGCAUGCUUGUAAUCCCAGCUACUUGGAAGGCUGAGGCAGGAGAAUCACUUGUACUCAGGAGGCAGAGGUUGCAGUGAGCCGAGAUCGCGCCACUGCACUCCUUUAUGGGUGACAGAGCAAGAAUCCAUCUCAAAAAAACAAAACAAAACAAAACAAACAAACAAAAACCCAACAGGUAGGUCGCAGUGGCUCACUGCCUGUAAUCCCCACUUUGGGAGGCUAAAGUGGGCAGAUCACCUGAGGUCAGGAGUUCAAGACCAGCCUGGGCAACAUGGUGAAACUCUGUCUCUACAAAAAUACAAAAAUUAGCCGGGAAUGAUGGCGGGUGCCCGUCGUUCCAGCUAUUCGGGAGGCUGAGGCAGGAGAAUCGCUUGAACCUAGGAGGUGGAGGUUGCAGUGAGCCGAGAUCACGCUAUUGCACUCCAGCCUCCAUUUCAAAAACAAAACAAAACAAAACAACAACAACAAAAACUCAAAAUAGAUAUUUUAAUUUUAUUUUAUUUAUUCGAUUUUAUUUUAUUUUAAUUUAUUUUUCUAGAAACAGGGUCUCGGCCGGGCGUGGUGGCUCACGCCUGUAAUCCCAGCACUUCGGGAGGCCGAAGCGGGCGGAUCAUGAGGUCAGGAGAUCGAGACCACGGUGAAACCCCGUCUCUACUAAAAAUACAAAAAAUUAGCCGGGCGCGGUGGCCGGUGCCUGUAGUCCCAGCUACUCCAGAGGCUGAGGCAGGAGAAUGGCGUGAACCCAGGAGGCGGAGCUUGCAGUGAGCCGAGAUUGCGCCACUGCAGUCCAGCCUGGGCGAAAGAGCGAGACUCCGUCUCAAAAAAAAAAAAAAAAAAAAGAAACAGGGUCUCAUUCAGGCCAGGCAUGGUGGCUCACGCCUGUAAUCCCAGAACUUGGGAGGCCGAGGUAGAGGUGGGUGGAUCACCUGAGGUCAAGAGUUCGAGACCAUCCUGGUCAGUGUGGCGAAACCCCAUCUCUACUAAAAAUACAAAAAUUAGCCGGGUGUGGUGGCACACACCUGUAAUCCCAGCUACUUGGGAAACUGAGUCAGGAGAAUCACUUGAGCAAGGGAGAUGGGAGUUGCAGUAAGCCGAGAUUGUUCCACUGCACUCCAGCCUGGGUGACAGGGCGAGACUCCAUCUCACAAAAAAAAGAAAGAAAGAAAGAAACAGGGUCUUACUCUGUUACCCGGCUGGAGUACAGUGGUGCAAUCAUAGCUCACUGCAGCCUGGAACUCCUGGGCUCAAGUGAUCCUCCUGCCUCAGCCUCCCCAGUAGCUCGGACUUCAGUCAUGCACCACCAUUCUCAGCUAAUUUUUAAUUUUUUUUGGUAGAGAUGAGGGUCUUGCUAUGUUGCCCAGGCUGGUCUCAAACUCCUGGCCUCAAGCGAUCCUGCCAUGUCGGCCUCCCAAAGUGUUGGGAUUACAAGUGUGAGCCACUAUGCCUGGCCUAAAAUAUAGAUAUAUGAAAAUAUAUAAGAAAUGGGCCUCCCAGGAAUUAAGGUGUUUGUGGGAGUCCUGGUCCCCAGUUUUUCUGCCAACACUCCCUGUUGCCACACAUGACCUGGUUCAGACCCCAAACAGCCAGGCCCAAAGGACAGGUGAGGCAAGGCGAGAACUUGUGCCUCCCCGUGUUCCUGCUCUUUGUCCCUCUGUCCUACUUAGACUAAUAUUUGCCUUGGGUACCGCAAACAGGAAAUGGGGGAGGGACAGGAGUAGGGCUGGGUGGAGGGUAGGGUAGGACCAGAAGCCUCGCUAGGCCUGGCCUGGGGCAGGCAGCCAGGGAGAAGGAGGGCCCUUCAGUGGGGACCCAGGGAUUUGGAGUAGCCCCUGUUCCAGGACAGGCGCAGGUCCUGGGAGGUGACAGAAGAUAGACUAAAGGCCCAAGAGUCCCUGGACCUGACUCCUCCCAGGCAGCUGCCACACACAAACACACCUCCAGGCACGCUGGACAGGAAGGAGGAGAAAUGGGCCCCUCCUCCAGUGGCUGAGAAGCUGGGGCAAAUGUUGGCUGUUCCUAUCCCUGGUGCAUCCCAUGGCGAGGGGCAACUUCCAUCAGGCCACACCUUUUAUCUUUGUCUCUAUUUUUGAUAUCUGUGUAUUGUGAUUACAAUAACCCCCACACUGGCCUAUAUGUGCAGAUCUGAUUAAGAACUUACGAUAUUCCAUGGACGUUCCGUUCCUAAUCUCCUUUAGUCCUCGCAACAAAGUAUUAUUCCCAUUGUAUAGAUGAGGAAACUGAGGCACACAAAGAUGAAAAGCAACCACCGCUGUGUGUUAGGACUGGAAGGAGCUCCAGGAAAGUCUCGUAGCCCCACUGGCCAGAAUGGGCUAAAUCUCAGAGAGGGAGGGUGGGAGAUGGGGGUGACAGUGACCUCUUUUGUGACUCCUCCUAGACCAUCCAUGCCUGCUCCCAGGAGGACCCGUCCUCCCAGAUGGUGGGGGUGGACAGGAGGACUAUCUACCCACCCGUCCCCAUGGCCCUGACCCUCUGACCUCACCCUCUCCGCUGAUUUCUUCAUGUUAGUUCAACAUUAACCCAGAGGGGUCAGGACAGACAAUUCCUCAGUGACCCAGGAGCUGACACACUAUGGCGCACGUCCGAGGCCUGCAGCUGCCUGGCUGCCUGGCCCUGGCUGCCCUGUGUAGCCUUGUACACAGCCAGCAUGUGUUCCUCGCUCCUCAGCAAGCGCUGUCGCUGCUCCAGCGGGUCCGGCGAGCCAACAGCGUCUUCCUGGAGGAGGUGCUCAGGGGCAACCUGGAGCGAGAGUGCGUGGAGGAGACGUGCAGCUACGAGGAGGCGUUCGAGGCUCUGGAGUCCUCCACGGCUACGGACGUGUUCUGGGCCAAGUACACAGCUUGUGAGACGGCGAGGACGCCUCGAGAUAAGCUUGCUGCAUGUCUGGAAGGUAACUGUGCUGAGGGUCUGGGUACGAACUACCGAGGGCAUGUGAACAUCACCUGGUCAGGCAUUGAGUGCCAGCUAUGGAGGAGUCGCUACCCACAUAAACCUGAAAUCAACUCCACCACCCAUCCCGGGGCUGACCUGCAGGAGAAUUUCUGCCGCAACCCCGACAGCAGCACCACGGGACCCUGGUGCUACACUACAGACCCCACCGUGAGGAGGCAGGAAUGCAGCAUCCCUGUCUGUGGCCAGGAUCAAGUCACUGUAGCGAUGACUCCACGCUCCGGAGACUCCAAUGUGAAUCUGUCACCUCCAUCGGAGCAGUGUGUCCCUGAUCGGGGGCGGCAGUACCAGGGGCGCCUGGCGGUGACCACACAUGGGCUCCCCUGCCUGGCCUGGGCCAGCGCGCAGGCCAAGGCCCUGAGCAAGCACCAGGACUUCAACUCAGCCGUGCAGCUGGUGGAGAACUUCUGCCGCAACCCAGACGGGGAUGAGGAGGGCGUGUGGUGCUAUGUGGCCGGGAAGCCUGGCGACUUUGGGUACUGCGACCUCAACUAUUGUGAGGAGGCCGUGGAGGAGGAGACAGGAGAUGGGCUGGAUGAGGACCCAGACAGGGCCAUCGAAGGGCGUACCACCACCAGUGAGUACCAGACUUUCUUCGAUCCGAGGACCUUCGGCUCGGGAGAGGCAGACUGUGGGCUGCGACCUCUGUUCGAGAAGAAGUCGCUGGAGGACAAAACCGAAAGAGAGCUCCUGGAAUCCUACAUCGACGGGCGUAUUGUGAAGGGCUGGGACGCAGAGAUCGGCAUGUCACCUUGGCAGGUGAUGCUUUUUCGGAAGAGUCCCCAGGAGCUGCUGUGUGGGGCCAGCCUCAUCAGUGACCGCUGGGUCCUCACCGCCGCCCACUGCCUCCUGUACCCGCCCUGGGACAAGAACUUCACCGAGAAUGACCUUCUUGUGCGCAUCGGCAAGCACUCCCGCACCAGGUACGAGCGAAACAUGGAAAAGAUAUCCAUGUUGGAAAAGAUCUACAUCCACCCCAGGUACAACUGGCGAGAGAAUCUGGACCGGGACAUUGCCCUGAUGAAGCUGAAGAAGCCCGUUGUCUUCAGCGACUACAUUCACCCUGUGUGUCUGCCGGACAGGGAGACGGCAGCCAGCUUGCUCCAGGCUGGAUACAAGGGGCGAGUGACAGGCUGGGGCAACCUGAAGGAGACGUGGACAGCCAGCAUUGGUAAGGUGCAGCCCAGCGUCCUGCAGGUGGUGAACCUGCCCAUCGUGGAGCGGCCGGUCUGCAAGGGCUCCACCCGGAUCCGCAUCACUGACAACAUGUUCUGUGCUGGUUACAAGCCUGAUGAAGGGAAACGAGGGGAUGCCUGUGAAGGUGACAGCGGGGGACCCUUUGUCAUGAAGAGCCCCUUUAACAACCGCUGGUAUCAAAUGGGCAUCGUCUCAUGGGGUGAAGGCUGUGACCGGGAUGGGAAAUAUGGCUUCUACACACACGUGUUCCGCCUGAAGAAGUGGAUACAGAAGGUCAUUGAUCAGUUUGGAGAGUAGGGGCCACUCAUAUUCUGGGCUCCUGGAACCAAUCCAGUGAAGGAAUUAUUUUUGUGUUUCUAAAACUAUGGUUCCCAAUAAAAGUGACUCUCAACGA